AUGGGAAGUGGAAUCUCCACACUCUUCCCUUGCUUCAAACCUCCAAACAGCAAUCAACAGGACUUGGUUUUCGCUGCUUCUGAGCCGUUAGAUGAAACCCUAGGUCACUCAUUCUGUUACGUCCGAUCUUCUAACCGUUUUCUCUCUCCUACUCCCUCCGAUCGCUUUGUCUCUCCUUCUCACUCCCUCCGUUUCUCCCCGACCCGGCCCGUACCCGAAACCGGUUUCAAGUCCAUUUCCGGUGCUUCCGUUUCUGCCAAUACUUCCACUCCUAGAACUGUCCUCCAACUUGACAAUAUUUACGACGAUGCCACUGAUAUUAUUAACUCUUCUAAUAAUACUGGCGGCUUUCUUACUUCUUCUACUGGAGGUGUAAGGGCUAAUAAUACUGGCAGUAUUGUUAAUAAUGUGAAUGGGUUUGAGAGCACGGCGUCGUUUAGUUCGUUGCCGUUACAGCCAGUGCCACGUGGAGGGGAGGGGUUUUUCUUGUCGGGUCCGAUUGAGAGAGGCGCAUUGUCGGGUCCGCUUGACCCGAAUACGGGUGGAGCAACCGAUGGGAGUGGCGGGCGGGUGCAUUUCUCGGCUCCACUUGGUGGCAUUUAUGUAAAGAACAAGAAGAGGAGGGGGAAGGGUAUUUCGGGGAUUAAAAAAGCGAUAUAUCGGAAUAUAUCGGAGAAGAAUCGGCCGUGGGUUGUUCCGGUGUUGAAUUUCGUGAACCGGAGGGAGAAUUCGGGGACAGGAGAGGAGAGAGAGGGGAGAGAAGAAGGGGAUAGUGUGCAGUGGGCGCUAGGGAAGGCAGGAGAGGAUAGGGUGCAUGUGGUUGUAUCGGAGGAGCACGGAUGGUUGUUUGUUGGGAUUUAUGAUGGGUUUAAUGGACCUGACGCGCCAGAGUUCUUGAUGGGGAAUCUUUAUAGAGCUGUUUUUAAUGAACUUCAAGGUUUGUUUUGGGAGGUUGUUGAAGAGGAGCCUCAAGAGACUAUUCAUGUGGAGGGAAUUGAAAGCAGAACUGGUCUCAUUGUGGAAAAGAGUGGUGCAAGCGACGGGAAGGAUCUCAUUGUGAAAAGUGAGUGCAAUUUGGUGUCAAAAACGGAUCCAUUAGAGGAAAUUUGUGUUAAAAAGGAUGGUGGUGGUUUAAUUUGUGGAAUGGAAUCUAAUGUGGUUAAUCAGGAUAGAGUGAAGAGGGUUUCGUUUCAACCAGAGGAGAUGGAGGGGACAGCCAGUACCCGGAGGAGGAGAUUAUGGGAGUUUCUAGCGGAGGAUGAUCUGGAAGAUGGGCUUGAUCUUUCGGGGUCGGAUAGGUUUGCGUUUUCUGUAGAUGAUGCGAUUAGUGUAGGUAAUGCAGGGUCAGCUGUUAGUAGAAGGUGGUUGUUGCUUUCGAAACUGAAACAAGGGUUGUCGAAACAUAAGGAGAGGAAGUUGUUUCCGUGGAAAUUUGGAUUGGAGGGGAAGGAGAAGGUGGAAGUGGAGAGUAGUAAAGAAGAGGAAAGGGUUUUGAAGAGGAAAUGGAAGGCAGGACCGGUUGACCAUGAGUUGGUUUUGGGGGCAUUGUCAAGGGCGUUAGAAGUGACUGAAUUAGCAUACCUGGAUAUGACAGAUAAGGUGUUGGAUACCAAUCCGGAGUUGGCAUUGAUGGGUUCAUGUUUGUUGGCUGUGUUGAUGAGGGAUGAAGAUGUGUAUGUGAUGAAUGUGGGUGACAGCAGGGCAAUUGUUGCACAGCAUGAGCCACAAGAAGUUGGUUCUAGUGUGAAUGAAAAUAAACUGAGCACAGAGGCAAUAAUCGAAACGAGGUUGACUGCAUUGCAGCUAUCUACCGAUCACAGCACAAGCAUUGAAGAAGAAGUGAUUAGAAUCAAGAACGAGCACCCAGAUGACAACCAGUGUAUUGUGAAUGACAGGGUGAAAGGUCGUCUGAAGGUUACCAGAGCGUUUGGGGCAGGAUUUCUGAAAAGGCCCAAGUUGAAUGAUGCCUUGCUGGAAAUGUUCCGAAAUGAGUAUAUCGGCACCGCACCAUACAUAUCCUGUUCACCUUCUCUUCAUCACCACCAACUGUGUCCAAGAGAUCAAUUUCUAGUCCUCUCAUCUGAUGGAUUAUAUCAGUAUCUGACCAAUCAGGAAGUGGUUUCUCAUGUUGAGAGUUUCAUGGAGAAGUUUCCAGAUGGAGACCCUGCACAGCAACUGAUAGAGGAGCUUCUUUUCGCGCAGCCAAGAAAGCUGGAGGUUAUGCAGGGACAUCCUGUAUUGUUGAAUAGAGGGCCUGCUCUGCACAGAUUAGGCAUAAAGGCAUUCCAACCCAUUUUGGUGGAUGCUGCCACAUAA